AAGCUUUUGUUUGACUUUAGGUAAGCCCAUGUGUUUCAUUAGUUGUUAAUCAAUGUCCAGAAGGUCCAAAGGUCUACAGAGUGCAAAAGAGGCUAUGCGAUUUAUGCACCAGUGUCUUACUGAAAAACAAAAAUGAAGGAAAAUGAGCUCGAGAAACAGUAUUCACCCAGCCAGUGGUCCCACAGGAUGUCUACCGAUGACGUGAUUAAAGCCCACGUGGCUGCAUUAAAAUCAGGUACAGAGAAGGCUCGGGCUAUUGCUCAGAACAUUCUGGAUGUUCCUUAUGGAGAGGAAGAUGAAGAAAAACUGGACGUGUACAUGCCUAUCAGCUCCUCCCCAGACGUACCUCUAGUUGUCUACAUUCAUGGUGGUUACUGGCAGUUUCUGAGCAAGGAGGAGUCAGGAUUUAUGGCUGUACCAUUGGCCCAGAAGGGUGUUGUGGUGGUCGCUGUUGAUUACAGCAUUGCUCCAAAAGGUAAUAUGGAUCUCAUGGUAUCUCAGGUGCGCAGGAGUUUGGUGACUAUCAUUCAGCAGUAUUCACACAUCAGUGGGCUGUACCUGUGUGGUCAUUCUGCAGGUGCACACCUGGCAGCCAUGGUUCUUUCAACUGAUUGGUCAGAGUACAGCGUGUCACCUGAAAUCAAAGGUGCGUUACUUGUUAGUGGAAUUUAUAACCUGCUGCCUAUUCUCUCCACAUAUGUGAAUGAACCACUGAAGAUGACAGAGGAGGUGGCUCUUAGGAACAGCCCCAGUCGGUUUGUUUCUCAGCUUAAAGCAUCCACUUCGGGCUGCGACAUAAUUGUGGCCGUGGCACAAAACGAUUCUCCUGAGUUCAGAAAGCAGUCGGAAGAUUAUUUCAAGUCUUUGCAAGCUGCCGGACUUAACGUUACUUUUGAAGACAUACCUUACACAGAUCAUUUUAACAUCAUCGAGCAGCUUGUGGAUGAAAAUUACUACCUCACACAGCUCUUACUAAAGAUGAUGGGCAAAAGCUGAGGAGAUGCCAUUGCUCCUCAGAUAUCCACAAUACAUCCUUCUUUUUAUUUUAUUUUAUUUCAUCAAACGGCAACCUUCUUGUUAAUUAUGUCUAUGGACUAUUUAACUCUACAUCAAUCAAACCUCAUUUCUUGUUUACAUUUUAAGGAGUAACAAGGUAUUUAUACGUCUGCCUAUUCUGACCCACUGCUUGUGUGAGUUAGUUUAGUAUAUUAUGGAUGUGAUUAUUAUCACUGUGAAUUGAUGCACUUAGAACACUUUUUAACAUGUUGCUUAAAUCCCAUCUUUAUCUGAUCAGUAAUUCUAUCUGCUGCUGUGUGUGGCAAAUUCCUCAAUCUAUAUGAGGAAAUAAACCAUAUCUCAGAACUACUAGACAUCCUGCCAAUGUCAUGAAUGUUCAAUUCAUUACUGGAAUAAAAUAUAUCAAACCUUUAAAUAA